GAGUUUGGAUAUACUCAUUACGUACAAAUACAACUGAAAUCCUCAGAAUAACACAAUAGAAUGUGCCCCAAGCUAUUCGUCAAAUACAAAAGUUACAGAGUGAAUCAAGUUCAAGAGAUCAAAUGGAAUCGAAUUGAAAUGAAUUAAUCUUCGCUGCUACAAGGACGCUCGAUUAUAAGAAAUAUUAUUCAACAAAAUUGGAGCUUUGAGUGGAUAUUAAGUCAGGGUGAUGGAUUGCAACAUAAUUAAAUUGCUGCUGACAACGUUAUUAGUGCAAACUAUGCUUCAGCGAGAGGUGGGAGGAGUAGUGAAAGUUUUGAUGAAACUAAAACGAUAUCAGAAUCCUGGACACCACGAACUCGACGAUGACUGUUGUGACCCUCAACCAUGGCUAUUAUGGGACCCUUGCAACGACUGCGACAACGAAUUUUAUCUCUGUUUCGACACAAUAUCAAGUGAUCUAGAUUUCCACACUUGUCACUAUGGAAGUUUCCAGACAGAACGACUGUUUGUCGAUGACGAUGAUUUCUACUUUCCUCCAGCUCUGCAAACGCCACAUAAUACGUUUAUACCUAAUCCGUUCCUGAUCAAUAUUACAAACUGGCAGAAUGGAUUUCGAACUAAAAUCAGAGUGGAGGACUACGACCCCCUUAACAGUCCAGACCUCAUCGAUGAAAUCGGUUAUAAUUUCAUGGGUUCUGAGUACACACCGUCUCCUAGUCUUCAAAGCAUAUCAGAAUGGAAGGAAGUGGUGCUUGAUCAUGGAAAUGGUCAUUCAAUAAUAACAGUGCAACUCAAAAUAUAUUGCGAAGAACACUACUAUAACACAGCCGAAGGUUGUAGCGUCUAUUGUUUGGGACGUGAUGAUGCUCUGGGGCAUUACGACUGUCAUGACGUCACAGGUUCAAAGGUUUGCCAUCCAGGCUAUACAGGUGAUAACUGUAAUCAGGAAAUCAACGAAUGUGGUUCUAAUCCAUGUAAGAACGAUGGUGUCUGCCGAGAUCUAAAGGACGCGUAUGAUUGUCUUUGUCAAGACGGUUCAUCAGGCACAAACUGUGAGACCGAUGUGGAUGAAUGUGCGAGCGCCCCCUGUCAAAAUGGAGCAACUUGUACUGCACUUGGCACAACACUAAACUACUACCAAUGCACAUGUUUGACGGGCUAUGGUGGUAUCAACUGUGAAACAGAGAUUGAUGAAUGUGCCUCCAACCCAUGUGAAAACGGUGCAACGUGUAACAACCGAAUUGGUUUCUAUGAGUGUGAAUGCUUGGCAGGAACCACGGGAUCUCGCUGCGAAAUUGAUAUCAACGAAUGUCUGAGUCAGCCGUGCCAAAAUGGCGGCACGUGCACUACCUCGCCUGCUCGGUUCAAUGCCUAUAGCUGCCAAUGUCAAGAAGGUUUUCUGGGACUGGACUGCGACACCAUCAUGGACGAGUGCAUCUCUAAUCCAUGCCAAAAUGGCGGAAACUGUACAGAUUUGCUGAAUGGCUUUAUAUGUCAGUGCCUACCUGGAAGCGAUGGUAACACUUGUGAAGAGGACAUUGAUGAAUGUCUCAGCUUCCCUUGUCAACAUUCUGGAACCUGCGUGACCCAGGCAGGAGUCUUGAAUUCCUAUGAAUGCACCUGUCCGAAUGGUUUCGAAGGUAGUAAUUGCGAAGUGGAGAUAAACGAAUGUGCAUCAAAUCCGUGUAUAAGAGGUACUUGCAUAGACUUGGCAGCCUCCUUUCGAUGCGAGUGCCCUCGGGGAAGCACCGGUCUUCGUUGUGAACUUGAUAUAAAUGAGUGUGAAAGCGACCCAUGCGAAAAUGGAGGAUUGUGCGUUAAUCCAACUGAAGAACUAAAUACCUACCAAUGCAACUGUAUAGAAGGGUUUAUCGGCAAGAACUGUCAAAACAACCAAGAUGAUUGUGAAAUGCUACCCUGUCAAAACGGAGGAACAUGUACUGAUCUCGUCAAUUCAUAUAGUUGCGAAUGCCCUGCUGGAACUAGCGGCGCAGAUUGUGACAUUGAUGUCGACGAGUGCAAUUCCCAUCCAUGUUUAAAUGGUGGCACCUGCUCAACAUCACCAAACCAACUAAACUAUUAUCAGUGCAUCUGUCCCGUUGGUUUUAUUGGUCCAAACUGCGAGGGGCAUGUAUGUGACAACAAUCCCUGUGCUCUUGGUUCAACCUGCGAGUCUUUAGGAGGGCAGUCGUCAUGCUUAUGUCAACCGGGAUACCAAGGUGAAACGUGCCAUCAUGAUAUCAAUGAAUGUGAAAGUAACCCUUGCAAAAAUGGCGCAACAUGUAGGAAUGAAGUGAACUCAUUUGCUUGUGUCUGUGCCAAUGAUUUCAGCGGUAAUGACUGCUCAGUUGAUACAAACCUUUGUCGCUCUUACCCAUGUUUGAACUCAGGUACCUGUAUUAAUCUAGACAAUGCUUUCUCCUGUCAGUGUAUUGAUGGAUACACUGGACAAGAAUGUGAAACUAAUGCCAAUGAGUGUGAAAGUAGCCCUUGUAGAAAUGGUGGUUCAUGCAAAGAUUUAGUUGACGGGUACACGUGUACAUGUAACGUAGGAUACCAUGGAACAGACUGUGAAAUAUUGACGGAUAAUUGUGCCAGCCACCCCUGCCACAAUGGCGGGACCUGUGCGAAUGGGCUUGGAACGUAUGCUUGCAAAUGCCCGACUGGUUUCAGAGGUACAAAUUGCGAAAUUCAGAUUGACGAAUGUGCCAGCUCUCCGUGCAGGAAUGGCGCUACUUGCAGCGACGUGAUCGCUGGAUACCUCUGUCACUGCACCACUGGUUUUUCUGGAAGACAUUGCGAGAUCAACGAUGAUAAUUGUGUUUUUAACCAUUGCCAUUACCCGUCUACUUGUGUGGAUGGUACCAACGAAUAUACUUGCUCUUGCGCAGAAGGUUACAUGGGGACGUAUUGCGAAACAAACGUAGAUGAUUGUGAAAAUAACGAUUGUAAAAAUGGUGCGACGUGUAUCGACCAAAUUAAUAGUUACAUCUGUUCCUGUGCACUUGGAUACGAGGGUGGUGAAUGUGAGAUUAAUAUUAAUGAAUGCUUCAGCAACCCUUGUCAAAAUAGUGCCGAAUGUAAAGAUAUGGUAUAUGGAUACAAUUGUGCGUGCUUGCCAGGGUUUACAGGGAUAAACUGUGAAACUGACAUCGAUGAGUGUAAGAGUAACCCUUGCAAGCAUGGAGGAACGUGCUUUGAUAGAACAGAUGGGUUCAUUUGCUCAUGCUCUCAAGGUUUUAAAGGACCGUUAUGCAAUCUCGGACCAAAUGACUGCACUUACAACAACUGUGUUAACAAUGCAACUUGCUUUGAGGACUUUCCAAACUACAGGUGUCAGUGCCCUUCAGGAUACAAUGGAAUUUUAUGUCAUACAGAUGUGGAUGAAUGCACCCAAUUCGAAAAUGUGUGUCUACCGGGAUCAGAAUGCAUUAAUACUAUUGGAGGAUACCAGUGUGAAGAAGUACCAACAGAAGAAGUUCCUCCGAGCGGCAUCUGUCAGAAUCAAAUGUGUAGAAAUGGCGGAACUUGCUCGCUCUACGGAAACACCUACGUGUGCGACUGUCUAGAGGAUUUUCGUGGAGAUCUGUGCGAGGUUCCCACAACAUUUGACUGCGCUUUUUCACUGUGUCAAAAUGGCGGCACGUGUGUAAAAACCAUAGAGAGUGACGGCAGGCAAACUUCAAAGUGUGACUGUGAACAAAACUACAUUGGUGAUACGUGUCAAACAAAUUUGCUUGGAACUUUCUACUCCAUCGAGCUGGAAGAUCACAUCCAGAAUUUCGACGGUCUUACUAACAGAUUAAGCAAUCUUCUCGGUAUCGCACUCAACAGGUCUAAUGCCAUCAUCACGGUUAUAUUAUACAACAGUACUUAUCAUACUGCCUACACAGGGCAAAACUACACAUCGAUUGGGUUCUACGCUUUCAUUGAAGAUGAUAUAGUAGCAGAUGUGAACAUUUCUAGGGGGCUCUCUGCUAUGAGCAUUGAAUCCCAAGAUGCCAUUAUUCAUCCCUUUAAGAUCUUCGUCCUCAGAAAUAAAGAGGAGCGUGGUGGACCGGCAGUUGGGAUGCAAUCGUGGAUAAUCGGUCUAAUUGUCGUGCUGGUUAUCAUCGUUCUCGUCUUAGUCAUACUAUGGGCAGCAUAUGUCAGGAGAGUUCGUAUAAGACGGAAGAUGGCCGUACCCGAUUCCGUGGCAGGAUCGGAAGGGUAUACUCGGAGUGUAUCUGUUACUGACUCAAUGGUUGCGGCAAUGGGUGCAGAAGCAGAUCAACAUAGGUUAGUCAGACCGUCUAUAACAGAUCAACAUGUCUUUGACAACCCAGUCUAUGAAGAGGUUUGGGAAUCUGCAGGAGGUGCUUGUGGAUACUCGGGGAAAGAAACUGAAGACAGUGUCGUACUACCUUUCCCAAGACGGGCUGUCAGUAACGUGUACCAUGGCGUAAACGAUGGGACCGUCCGUCAUCAGGAAUAGCUACGUAUUACUAGCACAGUGAUGCCUGAUAUGAAUUUUUUUUAAAGAAAGGACUCAUCACCGAUAUCAAAGUAGGAUUUGAAUUUUGUGUAGCGUUUAUUUAAUAAAAAUUAAAAUGUAUGUUUAGAUUCGCCAAAAUCAAUAUUCUCUUGUAUCAUAUGCUGUAGGAUGGUCUAGAAGUGACAUGCACUUUUAGGUUUAUCGUCGUCGGCCUGUACGCUUUAGGACCUAGCGUAAGACGUUAAGUUCAGUACCAAACAAUGAUCAAUGGGAUCGAUUUUAGAAGCGAUAUAUAUUGGAGAAUUAUACACCGAUAUUUAUGUAGUGCUGUUUACACAUGGAGUUGUAUUUUAUUUGUUCAGACGUCAUAAUCAGUGGAAUAUUGUGAGUUUAAUGACCAAAAUGAAUUCAAAACAUUGGGUUUGUUUGUUUUAAGUUACCAUGGAAUAUUCAGAUGUUGUCAUAUUAAGCUUGCUUUCUCUUUUACCUUUUUACGCAUUCAAAGUCUACAACUAUAUACUUAACAAAAAAUGGGAGAAAAAUCAUUCUAAUUUUAAAAGAGUUAUAUCAUGAUUUAUAUAGAUGCUACACACUAAGAAAUUCGGGUUCAAUUUUACACCCCUAUGGGUGCACAGGCUUGUCCCUAUACGAGUACCCCUAGCGGUGCACACGUACACCCCGAAUAGGGGUGUAAACUGUGCACCCCUAUUUGGGGUGUCCAUCUGCACCUUAGAGGGUCUACACGUCUACCCCUUAGGGUGCAUAAUGUACCCCACCUAUUUUGAUUAUUUCAUUUAAUGGUUUAUUCAAUAGACAUGUAUCACAGUCAAAACGGAAUUACACAUGCUUUACAGGGUAUCAAUUAAAAAUACAUGGUAAAAAAUACAAAGACAAUUAAAAUUAUUCACAUACAUUUGCACAGUAAGUUAUUGAUAAAGAUGAAUGAAUAACAGGAGGAUGCAUAUGAUAGAUUGAUAAAAUCAUUCAUAAUAAAACUUUUUAAAACACAAUAAGUCAAUGGUUAUUAAGAAUUCACAAUUUCUAAGCAUGUAUAUAUAUUAAACGUUUAAGAAUUAUCAAAUUAUUUCAGUUAUGAUUUGUAAUAUUUGUUAAGCACACAUACAAGAUUAGGGAGGGCACUGUUUUUUUAAUCUGUUUGUCUUGUAUUUGAAUUCUGUAUAUUUGUUUGCAUUUCGGAGAAAAUUAUUAUUCCUUUGAGGAGGUAACCAAGGGUGCGUUUAUCCGCCACUUUUUUACCCUAGAAUCAUGAUUUGAAUCAUGAUUCAAAUCAUGAUUCUGCAGAAUCACGAUUGCGUUUAGUCGAAAUUGAAUAUAAUCAUGAUUAGAAUCACAAACAUGAAACACGAAAAAAGGGGCGUUUGGAAAGACGUUUCUGCAGAAUCACGUAUGAAAAUGUUCGAAUAAACGAUAUCGUGAUUACAAUCAUGAUUAUAUGACCUCACUGUUGUGUCGGGCUACUUUCGGUUUGACUCUUGCCAAGCUCAAGGCGCUCUAUAUGCUCAUUGUAUGUACAUGACUAUGUACUAUGAAUUCAUUUCUUGUCGUGUUCAAGUUCUGUGUUGGUCAUCGCAUCGUCCACUACUUUUCAUUUUUUGGUCAUGUCUUCAACUUCAAGUUCUAGUAAAUGAAUUAACUGGACAGACAAUGAUCUCAGUUGUUGUUGAGUAUACAGUAUCAAUAUCAAAUUGGGUCUACGCUGAAAUUCACUUCCGAACACCAUUUUGGAUAAACUAACAAGAUGAAUAGAAGCAUAUGGACCCUUUAUGAUAGAAGUAAACAAAAUGAGGUAUAGACUGAAUUCUGAUGGAAGCAAAAGAAUUUUCGAGAGCCGAAACACGUGCGAAAAACUUCCUCUGUCAAACUGCGCACUAGUGAUGCGCACUGGAUUGGCCCGAAUCUGAGGAGAAACAGCAUAGGAAUGAAGGUCGUCUAAACGCUGAUUCUGUGAUAUUGUGAUUCAUGUUUGUGUUUUGAAUCAUGAUUCAAAUCAUGAUUCAAAUCAUGAUUCUGGCUUGAGGUCGCAUAAACGCAGCCCAAGACUGACACAAGUUAUUUUUUUCAAAACAAAUAGCAAACUCUUGAGUAAGUUUUUCUCUUCGGGACAAUAGAGUUGGUAAUCCUAGCUCAACCAAUGCAUCAUCAUAUGAACUAUAUUUUGAUGAUCCUCGACAAGCUCUUUUUUGUAUAGAUUCCAAAUCAUUAAUCUGUCUGCUAGUAAGACCCGACGUAAAAGAGGUACACAGUACUCCAAAAUGGGUCUUACGUAGCCAAUAUAAAUGGUGACUAUAUUACAAACAGGAAGGUUGUAGGUUUUUAAUCUACGUAACAUGAAUAGUUUUUUGUUACAUUUUUUGAUAAUUUCUUUAACAUGAGCAUUCCAUUUUAGGUCUGUUUGGAUCAUGACACCAAGUAUCCUGACUACAUUAACAGAAGGUAAUGGGAUGCCAUCAAUAUGAAAAACCUGUGGUUGUAAAGGUUGCUUAGAGAACGAAAAUGACAUUGAAAAGAAUUUCAGUGGGUUCAAUUUCAUAUUAUUUGCCAAGGUCCAUGAAUGAAGACAUUGUAACUGAACUUGCAACUGUCAUGACUGUGGUGCUUGUGAUCUUAAUCUACAUUCUACUAGCGUCAGAUCGUCUACAUAACAAAAUGAUUGUUGAGACUUCCGGUACAUUCACUUUCUGUAUCGAUUUGCUAGUUACCUUAGUUGGGAUUCGAACUCUCCUCGUUUUAUAUGUAGUCAAGAUUCUUCCCGCUAUGCAAGCGACAAGAGCUAAGACCAGAUGAGGUCUCUAGCGACAUGAUCCGAUUCUUUUUUGACUUGUGCUGAUGGUUGUGAUUCAAGUAGCUCUAUUUAUUGUUUCUCCUAAUGUAUACAUAAUCAAAUGUGUUUUUGAAACAAUUAUCAUCACAUAAAUAUUAAAUAUUCAACAAAUCAUAUCAUUUA